UCAUCACCGGAGCACAUGACAACAAAAUGGUAGACGGACCAACAAUGUUUGUGGCGAAAAUCAAGAUGUUUUCCCUGUUAUCUUCGUUAGUUUUGAUGCUGACAUUCUCUAUAUCGUGCAGCCAAGCGAUUGCAACCAUGUCGAUGGGUAGCUCAUGCUACAACAGCACAUAUGACCUCAAAAUCAAAGAUUUCGGGACAAACCCAAGACCCCAUGAAUUCCUUGCCAUGUCAUCCAUCCCAAAGAGUUGGGACUGGGGUGACAUGGGUGGUGUCAACUAUCUCAGUCCCAUGCGAAAUCAACAUAUACCUCAGUACUGUGGCUCCUGCUGGGCUAUGGGAACCACCAGCGCCAUUGCCGACAGAAUCAACAUAAAAAGGAAGAACCAAUGGCCAACUACCUAUCUCUCCGUACAGAAUGUUAUUGACUGUGGAAAUGCAGGGUCGUGCCAAGGGGGUGGACAACUAGCUGUUUAUGCCUACGUGAACAAGCAAGGAAUCCCUGAUGAGUCGUGCAACAACUACCAAGCCAAAAACCAGAAAUGUUCUAAGUUCAAUCAGUGUGGCACUUGCUUUGGAAGCAACUGCUAUGCGAUUAGCAAUUAUACGAAGUGGUAUAUUGGAGAUUACGGGUCAGUGUCAGGACGGGAUAAGAUGAUGGCCGAGAUCUAUAUUAAUGGACCAAUCAGUUGCGGAAUAUCAGCCACUGAUGAGAUGGAAAAAUAUACCGGUGGAGUUUAUAGCCAAUAUUUGAAGGGAGCAAUGAUCAACCACAUUGUCUCAGUAGUCGGAUGGGGAGUGGACAAGAACAAAGUUGAGUUCUGGUGGGUCAGGAACUCUUGGGGACAGCCAUGGGGAAUUAGUGGUGUCAUGCAGAUAGUGACCAGCAAGUACAAGAAUGGCCAAGGCAAUGACUACAAUUUGGCAAUCGAGCAAUCUUGUGCUUAUGCAGAUCCAAUCGUACCGCCCAAGUAAUUUGACAACAUGACUUCAAAGAUUAUGUAACUAUGUAAGCCGGUGAUAAGGCCAAAGUAUUGAUUCAUAUUCAUAGUGCCUUAGGGUUUCAAUAUCAGCAACAAUCAACACUAUUACUCACAGACUCCCCUAAGCUUGUACUUAAUAAUACUUAAUAAUGUCUUUCUGCACAAAAACAAUCUGUUAACUUUAUGAACUUAUGUGGCCCUUGCUAGUGAAAAGGACUGGGUUGCAACACACAUUUCGUGAUGCUGCUGAGUGAGAUGUAAUCAAGGCUAUGUUCUAGGUGACAGGUCAUUCCUUCCUUGGUAGCCUUGCUUUGUUUGACAUAUGGGAGAAGGGGCCGACAAAGUAAUCAGACAUUGAGAGGGAACACCUGUGCACAGCUCAAGACACCACAUUCACUAUGGCUGUAUUUGUAACUGUGAUUUAGACAUAUCUGUAUUAAUUUUGUGUUGCCAAGUUCGUUGAGAUAAUGAUGUGUACUGCAACUUUGCAGUGAGUGGCCACUUUCUGUGGUAUAAAAAACUACUCUCCUUUGUCAAUUUCACUCAAAUUAUACUGUGAAAAUUGUACUGUUUCUGAUCACUCUAUUAUUGUCAUAAUUUUUCUUUUUUUGGGGGGGGGGGGGCUAGACGUUGCCCAGUGUGCACUUUUAUGCUCUUGGAGAAGUUAACAGGGUUAGUAAUUCAAUAAACUGUUUAUAAACCACCAUUUGCAUAAUAAAUAAACACUAACAAAAUA